ACUUUGUUUGUACACCUGAUAGGCUGUAGGUACUGACCGCAGUUCAUUAGGUUACUUUUAAAGCCUGAUAAAAAAAAGUCCGACAAAAGACAUGUGAAAGUUAAACUGGCUACCGAAAGGAGCGUUAGAUAGAGGCGUUGAGCAAGAGAGGUUGGUAGAUAAGGCUCCGUGCACAGAGCAGAAGAGAUAGGAUGAUGGCGAGGAAUGGGUGGGAUGCUACUCUGUGAAGCGCUCGCCAUCUGCCCUUGAGCGCACAGGACGAGACCUAAAUGAAAACCAAAACGCGAAAAAAAAUAUUUAUUUGAACGAAUCUGGAACUUUGGACAUAUCUAUCCCGCAGGUCGCUCUUCCGGAAAUUACGGAUCGAGAGAAUAAUCGAAGACGGUCGUGUGAGAAGAUCCUCUGUAAGUCCUUUUCGAUAAGGAUUGUGGUAUAUGUGAAGUCCGUAUCGGUGAAAUGCGAAAUGAUGGCUUUGCGCUAUGAGCGUAACUCCUGGGAAAGACCUGAACGUGCGGACAGGCGCGGUGCUGUUGUCGGAUGCAGGACGGAAAGUCAGAAAUGAAGCAACCUAAAGAGUCGUUCGAAAAUCUGACGGACACCAACAUCGGAUGUUUACCGUAAUGUGCAAGGAGAAAACUAUGGACUGUCCUAGCGACGACGUAAAGCGAUGUUCACCUGUAGUCUGAUUCCUGAACAAAAUUGCAAUGUCAGCAUAUAUUCAUAAAAUCAAAACUGUUCAUCCAACAAACUUUUUUUAGGUGACACUGAAACAUUUCACAUCCAACUGUCAUCAACAGCAGCCUUCAUUAAUUAGGGAGAAACGUGAAUUUGCAGUGGAUGACCAAGAUCCUGAAAUAUGACAACGACCCAACUCUCAUGCUGAUAUCUCCGACUGCCUGCCGAAGUGUGGAAGCGUACCCUCGUACUCCUGGUCGCGGACAAUGGCCGUGGUCGUGUCGUGUGCUGUGCUCUUCCACGCGUUCCUGUUCCUCCAGCGCAUUCUUCUGACUCUCGGCCAAUACGACAUAUGCAAGUCGCUGGUCAGCACAGACGAUGGACCCACCUGGGAGUACUACGCGUGCCAGCCCAGACCCAUGGCCAUGAAGGACUUUAUGCAGAUCAGAGUGUCCCCCUCGGACAUUACCUGCGGGAAUCCACCCCAGCUCUUCUGCACUUUGGAGAACCCGUACCUGUGCAGCGACGAGUGUGAUGCCUCCACGCCGGAUCUGGCCCACCCGCCACAGCUGAUGCAGGACAGCGAGCACUCGGGCCUCAUCACCUAUUGGCAGACGGUAACGUGGAGCCGCUACCCCGAGCCGCUGCUGGCCAACAUCACGCUGUCGUGGAACAAGAGCCUCGAGGUGACCGACGACAUCGAGAUCACCUUCGAGUACGGCCGGCCGACAAUCAUGGUGCUGGAGAAAUCGCUGGACAAGGGGCGGAGCUGGCAGCCCUACCAGUUCUACGCAGACGACUGCAUGGAAGCCUUCGAGAUGCCCGCCAAGUGGGUGCAGGAUCUGUCGGCGGCCAACGUGACGCGGGUGAUCUGCACCGAGCGCUACUCACGCUGGGUGGGCUCCAAGAACGAGAAGGUGGUGCGCUUCGAGGUGCGCGAGCGCUUCGCUGUCUUCGCUGGGCCCAAGCUGCUCAACAUGGACAACCUGUACACACGCAUGGAGAGCAUGAAGGGACUGCGGGACUUCUUCACCUUCACCGACCUCCGCCUACGCCUGCUCCGGCCCGCCCUCGGAGGGACCUACGUCCAGAGGGACAACCUGCUCAAGUACUUCUACGCCAUCUCCAACAUCGAGGUGCUGGCCAGAGAAGGCUGUUUCUCCAGUUCCAGGCUGCUUUGGUGUGCCUGUGCAAGUUCAUCUGAGCCGCUGUGCUGUUUGUUCACGGAACGCCACACUCCUGUCACGUGUAAGUGCAACCUUCACGCUGGCCAGUGCACGUUUCGCGACGGCAGCCUGCAGUGCGACUGCGAGCACAACACCACAGGGCAGGACUGUGCCCGUUGCGAGCGAGGCUUCAAGGCCAAGUCGUGGAAGCCGGGCUCGUUCCUGCCCACGCCCACCGGUUCGCCCAACACCUGUGAGGCAGCAGGCACUCUUGGCAACUGUGAGUGCUAUGGUCACUCUAACCGCUGCAGCUAUAUUGACUUUAUCAACAUUGUGACCUGUGUGAGCUGCAAACACAACACUAGAGGGCAGAACUGCCAGCACUGUCGCCUUGGAUACUUCCGGAAUGCUUCCGCUGAGCUGGACGAUGAGAAUGUGUGUAUAGAGUGCAAUUGCAACCAGCUGGGCUCCUUGCAUGCCCGCUGUAACGAGACAGGUUUCUGCCAGUGUCGAGAGGGCGCUACGGGGCAGAAGUGUGAGGACUGCCAGCCCGGGUACAACUGGAAGCAAGGCUGCGUCCUGAAUGUGUGCGAUGAUGAGCUGCUGCUCUGCGAGAACGGAGGCACGUGUCUGCAGAACCAGAAGUGCGUGUGCCCGCCUAACUUCAAGGGCGUUUUAUGCGAGGAGGCUCUCUGCGAGGGCGAGGUGGGUUGCAACGGCACCAACGUCCCCUACCUCAGCCUCCUGAGCGCCGUGCUCUGCUUCCUCGCCCACUGUCUCCUCCACACCAGCGCCUAGUCGCUGCCUUGACCCUGCGCGGAGUCCCUCUUGCCCACAGGACCGUACCAGGCAGACGGAGGCGGAGUUUGUAGCCCCCGACGCAGUGCGCGGGCCUUCUGGGGCAGCUGCGGCGUGUUUCCAGGGCGACAGGCAGUCUGAGGUCACUGAGCCCUUCACACGGAUGAGAAGCGGCUUGUCUGUCUCCUCAUAUCACAGUUUGCCUGGGAAA